CGGGAAUUCAGGCCUAUGCGAAGGUUCGGACAUGAAUGAAAAAUCAAAGCAUUUCGAAUUGACUUCGAACGUGUUGCAUACGCCGCUGCGUCGUUUUCCGCGUAUCUCCAUGAGACGCAGGUCCUGCAUUUCAAAUGCCCUUUUGCUGCCAGCAGUACAUAUGCAUGAACGUUUACAGAUUGAUGAUGAUUCUUCAAACUGUUCGCGACCAUGGGUUUGUUGCACUCUAGCAGGGACAUUUGGUUGGCCAUUAAGGACCUCUUCCUCGCAGGGUCCUUUCCAGGCUCAACCAUAUGCGUCUCAGCUCUGAUACUGGUGUCCCUCUAUCUCCUGCAAGUCUAUCGCCGAAGCCAACGAACGACACGCAUACGAGGACCUCAAAGCCCAGGUUGGGUGUUUGGCUUGUCCAAGACAGUGCUAAAUUCCACCGCUACCACUGAACUAUACGAACGUUGGGCUGUAGAGUACGGUCCAGUGUACAGGGUCCCCGUCGUCUUGGGAGAGUCCAGGGUCGUACUAUGGGACCCAAAAGCAAUCUCUCAUUUCUUUGCAAGAGACACGUGGUUGUAUAACCAAACUCCGUUCAACAACACCGCCGUUCAAAUAAUGAUUGGACGUGGAAUUCUGUGGGCCGAUGGUGAAAGUCACAAAAGGCAGCGCAAGGCUCUCAACCCUGCCUUUACCGCAGCUGCCAUCCGCAACCUGACUUCUGUUUUCCUAGAUGCUGCUCACAAGGUCACAGACAACGAUCGCAUGGGAUGGCUGCGUCUCAUCCAGCACCCGCCACGUAGACUUGACAGUGCUGGCAUAGCCAUCCUGAACCAUGACUUCGGCGCACUCGAUGGACAUGACUCCGAUGUCGUGCACGUCGUGAAUGAAUCAGUUUUACCUGCUAAUGUUUCCCACGACGUGAUUAUGCUUGCACAGAGUUUUCCUUCCAUCCUGAAGCUACCAUGGCGUCGCACACGGUUCUCACAGAAACAGAGCCUGAUCUUUGGUAAAAUAUGCCACGAGAUGUUAUUGCGGACGCGCAAGGAGAAAGAGACUGGGGGCGCGGAGCGCGGGGACAAAUCAUGUUUGGGUUUGCUUCUGAAAGCUGAGGAUUCCGGUGAGAGCGCGGGAAUGACUCACGAAGAAGUACUAGCUCAGGCAAGGGCUCUACUUCUCGCCGGCUCUGAGACCACUUCAGCCAGCAUGACAUGGGCUUUGAUAGAACUUGCUAGGAAUCCAGACAUGCAGACCCGGCUUCGCAACGAGUGUCUAGGCUUCGGGCCAUCCCCUUCAUACGACGAGCUUACGAAUAAGCUUCCCUACCUAGACGCUGUAGCGAAUGAAGUUCUUCGCGUCCACCCGUCGGUCACAGAAAGUAUACGAUCGGCUACGGAAGAAGACGUAAUCCCGCUCAGUGAACCCAUGCGUACGGCGACCGGUACCUAUACCGACAGCGUAUGCAUCCCAAAGGGGACAGUGGUCGUUAUCCCACUCGCUGCACUCAAUUGCUCUGUUAGCAUGUGGGGGCCUGACGCAAAGGAGUUCAAACCUUCCCGAUGGUUCGAAUUGAACGAGGACACACGUGAGGCUAGAGAGACACUGCAUGGCUAUCGUCAUCUGAUGUCAUUUGGCGAUGGCCCGCGGAUGUGUUUGGGGCGCGUAUUUGCAUUGACAGAGUUCAAGGCCGUGCUGUUCGUGCUUGUGCGAAACUUCGUGUUUGAGAUGGCGGAUGGCCCUGGGGUGCAGAUUGUGGACAGUUUUGGGCCUUUGCCAAGACCGAGUGUGGUCGGGAGUGCUGAGGCUGGAGGUGUGCCCCUCCGGGUGCGCCGCUAUGAGGUUUGAUUGCGGUCUGAAGCUAUGGAAUACCACUGUAUAUACUACUGUAAGAAAACUGCACGUCAAUGUCAAAUCGUGGAUCUCGGGAC